GACAGGUGUGUUGUGGUCACCUGGAGAGGAGGGAAGGGCGGGGCACUCCUCCUGUGAAAGCCGGCCUGCAGGUAUAUAAGGCGUGGCCUGCACGGUACUGGCAGAGACACUGGGGCUGAAGGCAGUGAGCAAACACCACCACCCACCAUGAAGUUCUACGUGUGUGCAGCUGUGGGCCUCCUGGCAGUGGCGGCGCUGGUGCAAGCCGACCCUGAGCCCGAGGCCCUCGCUGAGGCUGACCCUGAAGCCUCCCAUCCCUACUACCCUUACCGGUACUACGGCUACCCUUACCGCCACUACGGCUACCGCUACCACCACCACCACAAGCGGUCUGCUGAACCCGAGGCUGCGGCCGAUGCUGACGCGUCCAGACACUCCUACAGCCACUACGGCUACUACCGCUACCCCUACUACUACGGCCACCCCCACCACCACCACCACAAGCGUUCUGCUGACCCAGAGCCCAGUGCUGACCCCUCCGCUGAGCCCAGCCGUCCCUACUACCACGGCUACUAUUACGGCUAUCCUGGCCACUACUACGGCUACGGCCACCGCUACUACUACGGUUACCCUCGCCGCUACUACCGCUAGAGGCGCACCUUUCGGCGACACCCAGCAGCCGCCCUCUCCCUCUCGGCGACAGGGGCCUGUCUCUUGACAACAACGAAACGCUUACCCGAGGCGGCUGAGGGAGAGGCGACGACACCUGCCGCAGGAUAGGCCGGUUCUGCUCACGCUGGUUUUUCUCGCGCAGGUGUCGCCCCAGACGCCCCGGGGCACCUGGGUGAGGCGCCGCCCCGCCCCGGCAGCCUCACCCACUAGCCUGAAUAAAGUUACCCUCCACUGA